AUGGGGAGAGCACGUAAGGCGCGGAAGUACGCGGAGGUGAAAAGACUAAUCAACCCAAAGGAGAUAAAACAGUAUCGCAAGGACGUGUUGGACCCCAAGAAACCAGACAGCGAGAAGGACAAGCUUCCACGCAAUGUCCCCAACGUGUCAUCAGCGCUAUUCUUCAAGCACAACACGGCGCUGGGUCCGCCCUACCAGGUGCUGGUGGACACCAACUUCAUCAACUUCUCCAUCUCCAACAAGGUCCGCUCCACCCCCUUCUCUCGCCAUCACAUGCCCUUUUCCACUCAUAAGUCCCCUCUCCCUCCUCCAAUGCCCCUCCACACGCCCACCCCGCCUCGCCAUGCCGCUCCUGGACCCAGGCAUAGCCUUCUCGUUACCCAACUGUCCCCUUCCAUAUCCCCCACCUCUGCCUCCUCUUUCCUCUUGUGCGUUCCCCCUCUGUUGCUACGUGUUCCCGCCUUGCAACGUGUUGGCUGCCCGGUGCUGGUCGGUCCGCGUUGCGUGGCGGUCCGCGUUGGUGAUUGCGCACGCACGUUGGUCUUCUCGGUGGGGGCAUCACGAUUCACGCUCGGAUGGCCACACGAGCAGCUGGAUCUAGAGAAGGCCAUGAUGGAUUGCCUCUACGCCAAAUUUUCCCAUGAUCACCCACGAUCUCCCAUGACUUCUUCUCAUGGCCUCUCCGCCUGCCUUGCCACAGCUGGCUCUCUUUUGGCCUGGCCGGCCAUUGCACGCAUGCACUCGUCUGUGCUCCUUAGAGCAGGCACGCCAUGCAUAACGGACUGUGUGUUGGCAGAGCUGGAGAAGCUCGGUCAGAUGUACCGAGUGGCGCUCAGAAUAGCCAAGUCACCGUCGUUUCUCCGCCUGCCAUGCAGCCAUGCAGGCACCUAUGCAGACGACUGCCUCGUGCAGCGAGUCACUCAGCACAAGUGCUACAUCGUGGCCACGUGCGAUCGUGACCUCAAGCGCCGCAUCCGCAAGGUGCCGGGAGUGCCCAUAAUGUACAUAACGCAGCGCAAGUACUCCAUUGAGCGAAUGCCUGAGGCCACCAUUGGCGGAGGUACCAUCGCCUCACACCCUUCCACGCCCUUCCGCGACCUCCCACGCCCUCCCUCGCCCUCUUUCGCUCCCCCUCGCCCCCCUUCGCCCUCUCUCGCCCCCCCUCGCCCCGGCUCGCCCUCUCUCUCCCCUCCACGCUCCCCCUCGCCCCCCCUCGCCCUCCCUCGCCCCCCCUCGCCCCCCCUCGCCCUCCCUCGCCCCCCCUUGCCCUCCCUCGCCCCCCCUCGGCACCCCGAAGCCUCCCACAGCCUCCCACGCCCUCCCAUGCCUUUGCUGUGCCUCUUUCCUUCUCACAGACACUUGCAUGUUGCUCGUCUCCCCUCUGCUCCAUGUGAUCCGAACUCAACACCCUUCUGUCCAUCCCACUUCCGUCCAUCCCCCUUCCACCCACUUCCUUUCACCCAUCCCUUUUCAUUCAUCCCCCCUUUCACCCAUCUCCCUUCCCUCCGCAACCCACACCCCAAUGCAUGCGCAGCUCCUCGCAUGUAG